AGUAUGAUUAGGCAAGUCGCCCUGGUGGCUAACUACACUACAUGUACAGCUCUACAGGUUUUUCUACAGCGAGUUUAAUUUUAGCUAUUUUAUCAAGAAAAACAACAUGUCAUGUUUUGACUUAAAGCAAUAGUAAAGAUCGACGCUUUAGUUUGUUAUUAUCAGAAUGUCUUACUUGGAGUGGGCUGAAGCUCAGCUCGCAGAGAUUGAACUGCUGACCAGCAUGUUUCCUACUCAGGAGGAGUUGGAGUUCAUAGACCAGGUGGCACUAGCUGAACUCAGGGACUACGUGGAGGGCUCAGCUUCAACAGACAGCCCCCCUCCCUCCAGACCCCAGUUUCUCAUCAAACAGAAGCUGGACGCUGAAGGCACGGGAAAGGCAGAUGUAAUUUUAUCCUGUGCCUAUCCAUCUGAAUAUCCCAGUGUGAGGCCAGAAAUAACGGUCCGGUGUGCCAGUCUCAGCAGGGCCCAGCAGACACAGCUUCACACAGAUCUCAAUGCAUACCUCAUGGAAAGCUGCCAGGGGGAGGUAUGUGUGCUCUCUGCUGUGGACUGGGUGAAAGACAACCUGCAGGUCUUCAUUAAUAAGAGCUCAUCAGCAGCAGCGGCUCCUAAGAAAGAGUCUGCCUCUCCAUGGCCACAGGAAGUGUUCAGUCGACUGUGGAUCUACAGUCACCACAUCUACAACAAGACCAAGAGGAAGAAUAUCUUGGAGUGGUCCAAGGAGCUGGGCUUGACUGGAUUUAGCAUGCCUGGAAAGCCUGGUAUUGUGUGUGUGGAGGGCCCUCAAUCUGCCUGCGAGGAAUUCUGGUCCAGAGUGAAGGUUCUGACAUGGAAGAAGAUCAUGAUUCGACAUAGAGAGGAUAUUCCCCUUGAUCGUCAGGACGAGGACAGCGGGACUGUUGAAAGUAUAGACUCCCUGCGCAAAUUCACAGGCUUUGAAGAGGCAAUGUUUGACCCCCAUGGGAAUAGAGGUAAUCACAUGGACCUUGGGCUGCUCUACCAAUUCUUAAAUGAGAGAGGCUGUUGUGACGUCUUUCAGAUAUAUUUUGGCAUUGAAGGGAGGUAGUAGUCAGACCUAGACAUUUAUUAUAUGCAGGUAUUUGUCUGGUGCCUUGACACUGAAGUCAUUUCUCGCAAAAAAAGUGUCAACUUGCAAAUGGAAAUGCAUUUCCAGUUUUUUUUGUUUGUUUGCAAGCACACAAAUGGAACAUGUGCUUGAUAAACUGAAAUAAAUGUACCACAUUUUCAGGGAUGUCACUCAGUCGUUGCAGUACACCUGGGACAUUAUUGGAAUAAAAGGCAGAGAGUUUCCACAGUAAUAGCUAAUUGCCAUGUUUUUCAGAAGAAGCAUUAAAAAUAUGUUCAUUGGA